AGAAGUGAAGGAGGAGAGAGAAGAUCUGAGAGAAGUGAAGGAGGAGAGAGAAGAACUGAGUGAAGAGGAGGAGGAACAUCAUGUCCAACUUGGAGGAAAACCUUUGAGUCGCUCAAAGACUAAAAAGAAAUUUUUAAAGAAAAGAAGAGCCAAGAAAUCUUUCACCUGCACUCAGUGUGGAAAGAGUAUCACAACCAAAUAUAGUCUAGAGAUUCAUAUGAGGAUCCACACCGGAGAGAAGCCGUUCUCUUGUGAUCAAUGUGAAAAAAGAUUCUCAAACAAACAAAAUCUUAGGCUUCACAUGAGAAUCCACACUGGAGAGAAGCCGUUCACAUGUGAUCAGUGUGGGAAGAGUUUCGCACAAAAACCAUGUCUUGAUAUUCACAUGAGAGUUCAUACUGGAGAGAAGCAGUAUAUGUGUAAUUGGUGUGAAAAGAGAUUCGCUCACAAACAAAAUCUUAAUUAUCACAUGAAGACCCACACCGGAGAGAAGCCGUUCUCAUGUGAUCACUGCGGCAAAACAUUUUUUGAGUCAUCAGAGCUGAAGACACACCUGAGAGUUCAUACGAAGGAGAAGCCGUAUUCAUGUUCUGUGUGUGGAAAGAGUUUUUCACUGCUGCAAAGUUUACAUAGACAUGAGAAAAUACACACUGGUGUGAGAGAGUACAUGUGCUUUGAGUGUGAGAAGACUUUUAUUACAAGCAGCGAUUUAAAACAGCACCAGAGGAUCCACACUGGAGAAAAACCUUACAAGUGUUCACACUGCGACAAGAGAUUCAGUCAGUCAUCAACUCUGAAAACACAUGAGAAGAUCCACACUGGAGAAAAAACUUACAAGUGUUCACAGUGCGACAAGAGAUUCAGUCAGUCAUCAACUCUGAAAACACAUGAGAAGAUCCACACUGGAGAGAAGCCGUUCUCAUGUGAUCACUGUGGCAAAACAUUUUUUGAGUCAUCAGACCUGAAGACACAUCUGAGAGUUCAUACGAAGGAGAAGCCGUAUUCAUGUUCUGUGUGUGGAAAGAGUUUUUCACUGCUGCAAAGUUUACAUAGACAUGAGAAAAUACACACUGGUGUGAGAGAGUUCAUGUGCUUUGAGUGUGAGAAGACUUUUAUUACAGCUGAACAUUUAAAACGGCACCAGAGGAGCCACACUGGAGAAAAACCUUACAAGUGUUCACACUGCGACAAGAGAUUCAGUCAUUCAUCAACUCUGAAAACACAUGAGAAGAUCCACACUGGAGAAAAACCUUACAAGUGUUCACACUGUGACAAGAGAUUCAAUCUGUCUGGAAAUCUGAAAGCGCAUGAGAAGAUCCACACUGGAGAAAAACCUUACAAGUGUUCACACUGUGACAAGAGAUUCAGUCAGUCAUCAACUCUGAAAACACAUGAGAAGAUCCACACUGGAGAAAAACCUUACAAGUGUUCACACUGUGACAAGAGAUUCAGUCAGUCAUCAACUCUGAAAACACAUGAGAAGAUCCACACUGGAGAAAAACCUUACAAGUGUUCACACUGUGACAAGAGAUUCAAUCUGUCUGGAAAUCUGAAAGCGCAUGAGAAGAUCCACACUGGAGAAAAACCUUACAAGUGUUCACACUGUGACAAGAGAUUCAGUCAUUCAUCAACUCUGAAAACACAUGAGAAGAUCCACACUGGAGAAAAACCUUACAAGUGUUCACACUGUGACAAGAGAUUCAGUCAGUCAGGACAUCUGAAAGCGCAUGAGAUGAUCCACACUGGAGAGAAGCCGCACACGUGUGAUCAGUGUGGAAAGAGUUUCUCUAUUAAAAGUCAGCUGAAGAUACACAUGAAGAUCCACACCAGUGAUGCGCGGGUUGAUCCAAAAUGAGCGGUCACCCGCGGUUACGAGUCAUCCAAAAAUAUUUUUAAUGAU